CUAACAUCAGAUACCACCGUCUUUCCCAAGUACUAUCCGUUAUGGCGGAAAAUCGGACCCUCAAGAAGCGGGCCUGCAUCCUCUGUACCAGGGCGAAGCGGAAAUGUGACAGGCAAACACCGUCCUGCGCCCGAUGCACUGCAAAAGGCUUCAUGUGCAGAUAUCCUGCACCCCGGAUAGUACCUUCUUAUGAUAUCAUAUACGGUGAACAUGGAACAUUCGAAACCGUUCCAGCCACUACUGCUCUGCAAGGCGUACAGAUAUUUGACGAACCUUGUCUCAACCAAGAUCAGUCACCUUCAGACCCAACAAACCCAAUUGCCGAUACCCUGAUCCCUGUCUCGAAUUGGGGCUCUGAUCCUCUGCCUUCUUUGCCCUGUGAAUGCUUGACAUUCGAGGAAGAAAGUCUCAAGUCUUUUAUCCGCUCACUACAAAAUUGGAUGAAACAAUGGACGUCACACGGUCAUUGCGCAUUCAUUCACUGUUCUCUAUACUCUGAUCAUAUGCCUGUCGUUAUUCAGGAUGCCUAUACCACUCUUGCCGCCUACCAGAACAAGACGCCAACGAAUCGUAACAUAAUUUUACGUAUCUGUAAGGAGCGUCUCAGUACCCUUAUCGAAUGUCAGUCGCUGGAUUCCGUCGAUAGUACCAUGAGAGAUACUUCAAUGCAUCUUUCUCGCACACAGGCUCUCAUCGUCUACAUAAGUAUUUGCCUCUUUGACGGAGACAUUAAUGCGCGCGCCCGAGCCGAACAAGGACUGGAUGUCCUGAUGCCCUGGGGACACCAAUUGAUCCAAAGUGCCUCUUCUUACUGUGGAAUUUCUGUGCCUGGUGAGCCUACACCUACGACACAUCUGACACCCUGCCUCGAUGGCAAUCUCGAUUCAUUCUGGCGUUCUUGGGCCCACGCUGAGUCCAUUCGGCGCACGUACCUCAUAGUCGUACUACUAGUGACUAUAUACUCGACGCUCAAGACUGGUUGGUCCGGCUGCCCGGGAGGUGUUACCUUUACGGGUGACGAGGGUUUAUGGGAUGCCUCGUCAGCUCACGCCUGGAAAAGAGUUAUGAAAGGAGUUAAUGAGAAAGCCAUCGGGUUCAUGCCAAUAUUUAGUCACCGAAUGGGCGAUGUACUCGCAAACAGGAAACCAGCUGACGUUGAUGACUUUACAUGCACACUUCUAGAUGCCACGUUUGGCCGAGAAAGGCUGGAGGGUUGGAGGGCCUUAUAG